AUAGUCCUAGCACGAACCCCACCACAUUCGGGUCGGGCACAAUCAUGCGUCCCGAGCCGGAGCGCGUCGUUACCGCGACCGCAGUCUCGUCCCCGUGAUAACGCCGACGACAUCGCUCCGACGACGGUGCAACGCGCCCACACGACGCCACACACGACUUUGUUCCGUUUCGUCGUCCGGUCCGGUCCGGUACUCGCGAUUACACGACACGGAAAUAACAGAUAUUAUUAAUUAAUUAUUAAAAUCGGAACGACGAUAUUAUGUCGUCGUCGUCACCGUGGACGGCGACAACGACCACGGACGACCGUAACGAUUAUUAUCGCCGCCGCCGCCGCGGACGCGUAACGACAGCCGCCGAAGACGGAGCGACAACGACGACGACGUUGUAACGGUAUUAACGGUAAUCGUCGAUCGACUCGCCGCGGUAAUUUUGCUCGUCUCCGGUAACGUGACAAUUCGCCGGGACCCGUUCGCCCAAGCGCGCGCGACGAGUGACGAGUGACGACGGCCGCGGACAACCGGACCCGUCGUCUCGGUGGACAUGGUCUGACGGAACGUUUGAACCGAGGUUUGAACCGGUCGGCUGCGGAGAAUAACAAUAUCGUUUACGAUCACUAAGUGAAGCAGCGCGAUGGCGUCAUCGGUGGCCGUAUCGUCAAUAAUAUUUUUUACAUGCUUGGCAUGCUACUACAACAGUCUCUACUGCGACUUCGUCUUCGAUGACAUCAGUGCUAUAAAAGACAACAGAGAUCUAAAACCUCAAACUCCUGUAUGGAACAUAUUUUACAACGAUUUUUGGGGCACGCCUAUGCACAAGGAACAAAGUCAUAAAUCGUAUCGUCCUUUGACGGUUUUAACGUUCAGAUGGAAUUACAUGAUCCAUCAGUUGGAACCUAUGGGAUAUCAUCUCGUGAACAUAUUGCUUCACGCCAUAACAAGUGUUCUCUACUAUAGAGUCUGUCAUACUAUAAUGGCGUCCGAGUUCACUAGUUUUAUGGCUGCCAUGCUUUUUGCUAUUCACCCCAUACACACAGAGGCCGUGACUGGUGUGGUGGGACGAGCAGAGACACUGUCGUCAGUGUUUUACUUAUCUGCGUAUCUGUUGUAUACAGAAGCAACCAAAAAGAAAAAAUAUUCCGGAUGGAAGCCUCUAACACUUUCAGUGGUUUGCUUGUGCGUAGCUAUGCUGUGCAAAGAACAAGGGAUCACAAUAGCCGGAGUUUGUGCUCUUUAUGAAGUUUUCGUCGCACAAAAGAUCAGGCCGAAGGACUUGAUUAACUCGUUCAGGCUGUCCAUGGCCGUGAACAGCGGACAGUCGGCCACCGGUGGCGGAGGAGGAGGUGGUUCGCCGAAAAACGGCACCGGAAACGCGACUUCCGGCUCGUUCGGUGGGCUGCAGGCCAUACCGUCGGACGCGGUCAAGCGGAUGGCGUUCUUGUUCCUGUCCACGUGUGCGCUAUUGGCGUUCCGGCUGAAAAUCAUGGGCUCCAAGCUACCCGUGUUUACCAGGUUCGACAACCCAGCCAGCGUGUCGGAUUGGCCAGCGAGACAGCUGACCUACAACUACCUGGUGAGCGUGAACGCUUGGUUACUGAUAUUCCCGUGCGACCUGUGCUGCGACUGGACCAUGGGUACCAUACCACUGGUCGAAUCCACGUCGGAUCCCAGGAACCUGGCGACAUUGGCCACAUACACCGUGAUCAUCGCGCUCGUGUACACGGCGUUCACCACGUCGAAUCGAACCAAACGCAUCGUUGUCAUCAUGAGUUUGGGAUUGACCGUUCUGCCGUUCCUCCCCGCAUCGAACAUGUUCUUUCCAGUGGGAUUCGUCGUAGCGGAACGCGUCUUGUACAUGCCGUCAAUGGGAUUCUGUAUGCUCGUCGCCUACGGUUUGGGACUCGUAAUCGAUAAAUGCAAGUCACGUUUGGUGUUGACAGCGGUCGCCGUCAUCUUUGUGACCCACGUGGUGAAAACCUACACGAGGAAUUCGGACUGGUCAUCCGAGUACGCGAUAUUCACUUCCGGGUUGAAAGUGAAUAAGCUGAAUGCCAAACUGUACAACAACGUCGGACACGCCUUGGAAGCUGAGAAUCGGUUCCAAGAAGCUCUUGCGUACUUUAACAAGGCCGUCAGCGUACAGCACGACGACAUCGGAGCUCACAUAAAUGUCGGCCGUACGUAUAACCAUCUAAAAAUGUACAAGGAAGCCGAGGACGCUUACUUAGAGGCCAAAUCGUUGCUGCCCAAAGCCAAACCUGGCGAGUCGUACCAAGCCCGCAUAGCUCCCAACCAUCUGAACGUCCUGUUGAACUUGGCCAACCUGAUCGCUAAGAACCAGACGCGUCUGGAAGAGGCGGACAUGCUGUACCGGCAGGCCAUCAGCAUGCGGUCCGAUUACACGCAAGCGUACAUAAACCGCGGCGACGUUUUGCUCAAGCUCAACAGAACGAAAGAGGCGCAAGAAGUGUACGAACGAGCUUUAUUCUACGACACCGACAACCCGGACAUAUAUUACAAUCUGGGCGUCGUGCUUUUGGAACAGGGUAAACAUUCACAGGCGUUGGCUUACUUGGACAAAGCUCUGGAAUUCGAUCCGGACCACGAACAGGCGUUGCUCAACUCGGCCAUACUGCUCCAAGAGUUGGGGCAGGCGAACUUGAGAAAACUCGCCGAGAAGAGACUCCUCAGGCUCCUGUCAAACGGUCAAAAGAACGAACGGGUGUUUUUCAACCUGGGCAUGCUGGCUAUGGAUGAAGGAGACGUACCGGCGGCGGAACACUGGUUCCGUCAGGCGAUCCUCAUCAAAGAGGAUUUCAGGGCCGCUCUGUUCAACCUGGCCUUACUGCUGGCUGACGAUCACAGGCCCCUGCAGGCAGCCCCGUUCCUCAACCAGCUGGUCAGGUUUCAUCCAGACCAUGUCAAGGCUCUAAUAUUGCUGGGCGACAUCUACAUCAACAACAUCAAAGAUCUAGACGCAGCUGAAAACUGUUACCAGAGGAUACUGCAACUGGAUCCCGACAAUACGCAAGGGAUGCACAACCUAUGCGUGGUGUACGUGGAGCGUGGCCUGCUGAAGGACGCAGAAAUUUGCCUGCAAAAGGCCCAUCUGAUGGCCCCGCAUGAAGACUACAUUGUCAAGCAUUUGAAAAUUGUGCAAAACCGCUUGCAAGCAAAACAGACUCCUGAUCAGCUCAAUGAGAGUCGCCCGGAUUCUAAGGAAAUCCGAAAAACUGAAAAAGACACAACUCGUCCAGACACGAAUCUGAAGUCGGAUACCAAACCGUCUACACUAUCGCUGUCAUGAAUGAUAAAAUAUUAAUUGUUUAAAAAAGUAUAUAUAUAUAUUUUUUAAGUUAAA